CUUAAAUGCAAGAGAUGGAGGAUUAUAUUGUCACGGAAGAAGAUUUAUUGGUCAGACAUCGUAAAGAGAAGAAAAAUCUCCAAGCUCAGAUCCAGAAGAUCAAGCAUUCUGUGCCAAAAGGGGACAAAAAGCGCAAGAAGGAAGCUACAGAUGAGAUUGCCAAACUUGAAGGGGAGUUGAAGAAGAAGCACGAAGAGGAAUUAGCCAAGUUGGUGGCAUCUUUAAAUGAAAAAGAGUCGGUGGAGGAAGUUGGGAAAGGAAUAUCCAAACUAACCACUGAUGGUAACGAUAAUGGACCAAUAGAGGAAGUCCGAAAAAUAUCGAAAGCGCAAAAGCGUAGGGACAAAAAAGCUGCUGAAGAGAAGGAACGUGAGAGGAGACUAAAGGAGCAAGAAUUGGAGAACCUCCAUGGCGACCGUCAUCUGGAGUCGGAGAAACUACGCAGAAUCCUGGAAGACAUGGACUUGUAUCUACACGAGAUUCCCUCAGAUGGCAACUGCCUCUACAAUGCUAUUUGUCAUCAGCUGGCCCUGAAAAACAUUCAGACGUGCAACUACUCCACCCUUCGUACCCAGACUGCCAACUAUAUGCUGUCUCAUGAGAAUGAUUUUUUGCCAUUCAUGACAACCAAGAAUUCAGAUUCACUCUGUACAAGUGAAGAAUACCAGAAAAUCUGUAAAGACAUUGCUACAACGCCUGCCUGGGGUGGACAGAUAGAGAUAAUGGCACUGUCCCAUGUGUUACAAGUUCCAAUCAAGGUGAUUCAGGCAGAAGGUGAACCUGUGAAGGUUGGCCAAGAAUACGACAAAGAUGAAAUCAUUCUCACGUACCAUCGGCACGCGUUUGGUCUCGGAGAACAUUACAAUUCAGUGAAACCACUAGCAGAGGCAGACAACCCAAGUGACAGCUUCUAACAAAGUCGAGAUGUGGUGGUUUACAUUCAUCUCUGUCACAAGAAAUCAAAAGAAAGGAGAGGAGAAAACCAUAAAGUUAAU